AGACCAUUAAGCUGUUAAAAAACCAGUCCUGCCACAUUAACCUGCCAAGCACAGAUAGACAGGCCAGUGGGCGUGGUGUGACUUUCCACACAGGCACACAACCAUUGGUCCCCGGGUGAGGAUCGCACACUUCAUAAGCGAGAGUGUGAGCCGGUGAGAUACUGACCCACGACCAUCAAGAAACCGCCGGCAGGAAGGACUCAGCGUUUGGGCAUUUCUGGAGCCUUUAGGAUACAUUUUAAAAACCAACCCACAGGAAAAGGAUGUCCUUAGACGGAAGCUUUCUGUCCGACGAGCAGUUCCUGUGCUCCAUCUGCCUCGAUGUGUUCACCAACCCUUCGUCCACGCCGUGCGGACACAGCUUCUGCAUGGCCUGCAUCAGCCGAUACUGGGACGGCUCCAAGGUUUGCCAGUGUCCCCUCUGUAAGAAGACCUACCACAAGCGGCCCGAUCUCCAGAUCAACCGGACGCUGCGAGAGAUCACCGACCAGUUCAGGUUCAUGUCGGGAGGGGCCGUCGAGAAGAGAGGGGCAAGAGGAGGAGUGAAAGAAGGAAGCAUACGAUCUAAUUUCCUUGAUGAAUUGAGGAAGAAGCUGCCUCGGUCGCUGCAGCCACCAUCGCAGCCAAUACCCUGUGGGAUCCAACGUGAGUCCACGAUGACGGUGACAGCCGCCACCUCGCUGGCGUCUUCGGUACCAGACCAGGGCUCGGUGGCCGCCGUGACCUGCCCCUCCGCACCGCGCCCCACGCCCCCUCACUGCCACCCCAGUGGCCGGAGGCGGUUCACCGUGUCCGGGGCCGCGUCCGCCUCGAGGACCCCCAUCUGUGGGAUCCACCACAGAGGCCUAUUGAGCUACUGUCGGACGGAUCGAUUAUGUAUCUGCCCUGAAUGUGAGACCGAGGACCACAAGCAUCACGACACCGUGGCUCUCGUAGACGAGUGGACUGAAACCAAGGAGAAGCUAAGCGAGUCGGAGCAGGAGAUCCAGGAGAUGAUCAGACGUAGAACCGGCAAGAUAGAGGAAAUCAGGCGGUCAGCGAGUGAGAUGGAGGCGGCGGCGGAGCGAGAGGCGACAGGCGGCGCCGGCCUCCUCUCCCAGCUGGCGUGCGCCAUCCAGCACUCGCAGGCCGAGCUGGCCGAGGUGACGGACAUCAGCCGGAGGGCGGCCCGCCUCCAGGCCGACGCCAUGGUGCGGCAGCUGGAGCUGGAGCUGGAGGAACUGCGGAGGAGGGAAGGCGCCCUCGCCGAGCUCGCCCAAUCGGACGACUACGUGCACUGCGUGAAGACGUUCCCCGCCCUCUCCAGUCCUCCGCCCGCCAAAGACUGGUCCGGCGUGUCGCUGAGCUGCGACCUGGGGACGAGGAGCAUCUACAGGUCGCUGGCCGCCCUGCUGGAGGGCUUCCAGGAGGACCUGCUGACCAUCGUAGAAACAGGUUUUCCCGCCUCGGCGCUGGAGCCCAGUCCGUUCCGGAGCGAGCCCAGGAUGAGGAGGGUUCAGGAGUACGCAGUGGACGUGAAGCUGGACGUCAACACCGCUCACCCCAAACUGGUGGUGUCAGAGGACAUGAAGAGUGUGAGGUGCGGAGAUCGACACCAGAUGGUCCCGGACAACCCGGAGAGGUUCGACAGGGUGGUCUGCGUCAUUGGGAGGGAGGCCAUCUCCUCCGGGAGACACUACUGGGAGGUGGAUGUGGGCGGGAAGACGGACUGGGAUCUGGGCGUCGCCAGACAGUCGAUGAACAGGAAGGGGAAGAUCCACGUUGCCCCGAGCAACGGGUACUGGUUCCUCAGUCUGAGAGACAAGAAGAAGUACACCUUCCGCAGUGAACCCUCCGCAGAUGUGCAUCUGACGCAGCGGCCCAACAGGAUCGGGAUAUUCGUGGACUUCGAGAACGGACAGGUGUCUUUCUACAACGUGGAAGCCGAAGCUCACAUCUACACGUUCAACGACGUCUUCAGCGAAUGCAUCUUCCCGUUCUUCAGCCCCUGCACCAACAAAUCCAGGAAGAACGAGGCGCCGCUGACCAUCGCGCCGGUGACCAUGGCGGAGUGACGCCGCCACAGCUUCUUCUCGUCGUUCGUUGCAACUUCUAAAAUAUAUUUUGAAAUAUUAAAUAUCAAAACAUUCUCUUGAUGUCGGACUGCGAGAUG